ACAGGGGGCGGUGCCCCCGGCGAGAAGCAGAAGAAGAAGAGCGCAGUCUCCGGCCCUUCCUCUUCCCUCCGCGGCCUCAGAGAUAUUCUGAAAAUGGUCCGCUACUCACUCGACCCCGAGAACCCGACUAAAUCAUGCAAGUCGAGGGGCUCCAACCUCCGGGUUCACUUCAAGAACACCCGUGAGACAGCCCAGGCCAUCAAGGGCAUGCACAUCCGCAAGGCCAACAAGUACCUGAGGGACGUCAUCGUCAAGCACCAGUGCGUCCCUUUCCGUCGCUACAAUGGCGGUGUUGGAAGGUGUGCCCAGGCCAAACAGUUCGGCUGGACACAGGGACGCUGGCCCAAGAAGAGCGCUGAGUUCCUCCUCCACAUGCUCAAAAACGCCGAGAGCAAUGCUGAGCUCAAGGGUCUGGACGUGGACUCUCUGGUCAUCGAGCACAUCCAGGUCAACAAGGCCCCCAAGAUGAGGAGGCGCACCUACCGCGCCCACGGCCGCAUCAACCCCUACAUGAGCUCCCCCUGCCACAUCGAGAUGAUCCUGACCGAGAAGGAGCAGAUCGUCCCCAAACCAGAGGAGGAGGUCGCCCAGAAGAAAAAGGUUUCACAGAAGAAGCUGAAGAAGCAGAAACUGAUGGCACGGGAGUAAAUAUUAAUAAAAUGGAAAACUUGUUAUCA